CUUAGAAUAAUAAUCUGAGUCUGUCUGCGCUUUAAAACCUCUCCACUGUCUCCGCUUCAGGACCGUCAUGUUCUCCGACAUGAGCGCCCAGAAGCCGGGCUCGUCUCUGCUGAGCCGCCCGGCCUCGGAGGACCAGGGCCCGGUGUUUGAGCGCGUGUCCCCGGCCUACAGCGCGUGCUCCGAGCGGUUCCUGGUCGGGGAGCGGAGCUUCAGCCGCCAGUACGCGCACAUCUACGCGACGCGACUCAUGCAGAUGCGGCCUCUGCUGUCCGAGAGGGCGCAGCAGAAGUGGGGUAAGAUCAUACGUGAUCAU